AUGCAGGUCGCUUGUUGUACCAAUGACCCGGUGGCUUAUGCAGGGAUAGCCACUCCCCACAGCACGUGCCGGCCUGCCAAGCCGCCAGCAACAUCGUCGUCAUACUAUGUUGCUAGUCGUCGCCUUCUCGUCGAAGAUUCUGGUUUCUCGUCUUGCUACAAAAAAAAAUCCACGCCCACGCCAUUUCUUACAAUCAAUCCAGUGCCGCUGCAAAUACUCACAAUCUGCCGCCUAACUCUGCAGCUGCUAAGCCCCUCAAGAUUUGGUGAUGACACGCACACGGACCAUUUAAGCUUUGCAAACCCUUUCAUUGGCUACUGUUUCAUCAAGUGCACCUCACCGCCAGACUUAACCAGCCGACGCCCAUCUUUUAUAAAUCCCCCAAAAUCUACAUUCCGCCUGCUUCAGCACUGCCGUGUCCACUCAAAAUUCAUUGGCCAUGACUGA